AUGAGGAAGCAACGCUACCUCCUGCCACAAGCUGCCGCGGCCUCUGGGCUUACAUGUGAACAGGUCAACCUCACAGACGAUGCCCUCCAGCGUCUCAUCCGCCAGUACUGCCGUGAAAGUGGAGUCCGAAAUCUACAG